GGCUGAUGUCCAACAGACGACACCAAGCCACGUGACUCAGCUCGGCGCGCUGUUGGCUGGUUAAUUGAUUGUGGCUGGUGCAGCUGUCCCCAGCCUCUCAAAUUUCGCAGCAACUCGAUUUUCAAACGGCAAGCAAUUCCCACACUCACCCGGCCCUCGAACCACGUCCCCUCUCUCUUUCUUCACCAAUUCGCCUUUGUUCCAUCCAGCGCAUCGCACCCAGACCCGAUUGCGACUUCUCCGGCCGACGCGCAUUGCAUUGUCUGGUACAAUUAUCUCAACAUCAUCGCCAUUUUUUUGGUAUUUUGCGCAACUGUCGGCACCAAAGCCGAAGACGGCACUUCGACCACGCGCCCGUUCACCAAACAACGCAACACGCGCUUUCUUGUUUACCCUCCUCCGCCACCCCGACAACCCAACAACCCACCAUCGUCAUCUCCAGCAACCACACCCGUCUGCCCCGCGCACCCCUCCGCAGUCGACGCUCGAGCUCGACAACUAGUCAUAGCUGUAUAUUAUUCACUUGCACUCGGUAAACCACCUCACUUGCUCCCGGCACUCCCGUCGCCGCCAUGUUCUGGUCGGGCACGCUUCUCAGCGCCACCGGCCCCUUGGCCAAGGCAUGGCUAUCUGCCAACCAGGAGCGCAAGGUGUCGAAAGUCCAGAUUUUGCAGCACAAUCUCCAGGACAGUGUCGACGCCAUUAUCGCUCCCAACGAUGCCCCCUUAGCUCUCCGUCUCUCCGGCCAGCUCCUGCUAGGUGUCGUUCGCAUCUACAGCCGCAAGGCCCGCUACCUGCUCGACGACUGCAAUGAAGCUCUUGUCAAGAUCAAAAUGGCUUUCCGUUCGACUGGCAAUCAUGAUAUUCCCACAAACUUGCACAUUCAGAACAAGGAAGCUCUAAUGUUGCCUGAUAAAAUCACAAUGUACGACAACCUCGAUUUGCUCCCACCACCAAGCUCGGAUUUCCUCCUGUCACAACUGGAAGCGAUCACUGCCACGCCCUCUAUGGCCCGCAAGGCUCGUGCGCUGAACCGAGAUACAUAUUUGCAAGAGGAUUUCAACAAUAGCCAGUUCCUUCAAAAUACAUAUCAGGAUGAGGAUGAGGAAAUGGGACUCGGUAAUUUCGAUGACGAUCUCGGUCUGAAACUGGAUUUUGGUGAGGAUAUUGUUGAAGGAUCAAGGCUGGACCGGAGCGUGGAAAUGGGCAGAGAUGCGCCUCCCGUCCGGUCUGUUGAGGACGACAUGCUCAGCGAGAUGGACUUCGACCUGGGCAAGGACAGAAACGAGCGUGCCGUCUCCCUGGAAGGACUUGACUUUGGCGAUGGCGUUCACAUCAUGGAUGAUGAGGGCGAUAUCGCCAUGCCAGACGAUGUCACGCUCAAUGUUGGUGAUGCGUCUGCGAUGCCCGCAGCUGCUGGCCCCGAUAUGAGCCGCGCCCGCAUCUCGGAGUCCCCGCUGUCCGACAUUGAUGAGGAGUUUGCCAAGGAGGUUGAGAUGGAGUACAGCCGCCACAUGACUACCGAUCUGUACGAGCCUAGUGACGAGCCAACCGCCACCAUUGCCAACGCCCCUCAGCGCCAGAAGAAGAGAAAGCUACUCCAACCUGAUGAGCAAACUGUUCUGUCUACUCAACAGAUCAGGGAACAGCAGGCGAAGCGCGACAACAUCUUGAAGCCACAGUCCUUCCUCACUCAUGACCCGUACAUCACUGGUCUUGAGGACCUCCACAAAAAUGGUGGCUUUAUUCAGAACAUUUUGUUUGAGGGCCGCAGUGAUGGGUGGGCUCCCGAGCUGAAGGGUCUCUUGUCCCUUGGCUCGAUUCGGCCAAAUGAGCUCAAGCGGAAGCGCGAUAGCGGCGUUGCCGACAUGGAGACGGACGAAGAGCAAAACAGGUCCAAGUCUCCCCGUCUUGAACUUCCCGCCGACGAGAGUGUCUUCAACAUGGACGGGACCGUUAUUGGCAACCAGUCCAUCGCAGCCGAUGGCACAGUUCUCGAUAUUCCCGCUGAUGAGACUGCUGUGCUGCAGCACGACGAAGAGGGGGAGAGGCGCCACGAGGCCUCUAGCCCGAUGCCCAACUUUGAUGAGACCAGCGUUCCCAUCGUUCACCCCGCUGACAGCGGGCCCGUAUCGAUUGGCACCAAGCAUGCUGUCCAUAUCCUGCGCGACCUCUUCGGUGCUGAGGCCGAAACCAAUGCUGAAGUCCGCAAGAAGAAUGCCGUUGUCUUCCAGGAACUCCUGCCAGAAGGAAGGACAAGCAAGGCCGAUGCCACCAAGAUGUUCUUUGAGUGCCUUGUCCUUGCCACCAAGGAUGCCAUCAAGGUCGAGCAACCCGAGGGAUCCCUUGGCGGCCCAAUCCGGGUGCGCGGCAAGCGUGGUCUCUGGGGUGACUGGGCCGAGAGGGAAGCAGGUGGUGAGAUGGCUCGUGAGCAACAUCAAGGUAACGAGCCCGGGCAUGCUGUGGCUACGACUGCUGCCGUGUCUGUUUCGGCUUAGAGUCCAGCGCGGCAUUGACAGCAUAAACAGCAUUCAACCUGGUGUUUUGGGUUUGCUUUUGGUCUCGGCUAUUCACUGUACAUCAUUUGCCUCUUGGCGGAAUUAUCUAGGAAGGCGGCGGCGCAUGGACGGCUAUCUCAUUUCCCUUUGUUUUCUUUUCUUUUUUAUAUUCUCUUCUUAACAAAUGUUUUCACACGGUCGUCAAAUACGAACCGAGUGGGCGUUUUGGCGUAUCGGGGAAAGGGAGACAACUGGAAGAUACCAUUGUUCUGGCUGGGCAAAAAAAUGUAGUUGUUAUUGUUGUUGUUGUUGUUGUUGUUGUUGUUGUUGUUUGGAGAUGUGUUAUCGGAACCCGUUUUGUUUUUCUGUUUACGU